UACGUAAUCGCCUGUCAGUGGUCGCUUUACGGCAGAUCGUGGAGGUCAGAGAAGCACGAUGAAAAGGCAAACCCAACUAUAAUUUACAAAAAGCUGAUAAUUUCAAUAUCUAACUACCUACAGUAAGACAGUGUGCAGCACUAUUCAAACGUGAACAUAUUACUGCGUCUAGGAAAUAUCGCCAACGUUAUUGCUUUUGGCUUGCAUCAUCACGUUUGGUCAGCUCGGCUAAUGUUAGCUAGUUAGCUAGCUAACCCAACCAGCAUCUCCAGCCCGAAGCGUUCACCGGGUGAGUCUCCAGAUCGUCACCAUACAUGGACAAUAACGCCCCUGGGUCGGGAGGGAAAGGCGGCCUCGGGAGUCUCUUUGGAGGCAGCGAAUACUCCAACACAGAGCUCGCCGGUGUCCCAUUGACUGGAAUGAGCCCCCUGUCGCCUUAUCUUAAUGUUGACCCCCGCUACCUCGUACAGGACACAGAUGAGUUCAUCCUGCCAACAGGGGCUGGUAAAACUCGAGGGAGGUUUGAACUGGCCUUCUUCACCAUUGGGGGCAGCUGCAUCACAGGAGCUGCGUUUGGGACAGUGAAUGGUCUGAGGAUGGGGUUGAAGGAGACCAGAGAAAUGGGCUGGACUAAACCGCGUAACGUCCAGAUUCUCAACAUGGUGACCAGACAAGGUGCAUCCUGGGCCAACACUCUGGGCUCUGUUGCGUUAUUGUACAGUAUAUUUGGCGUGGCCAUAGAGAAGGCUAGAGGAGCAGAGGAUGACAUCAACACUUUGGCUGCUGGGACUCUCACAGGCAUGCUGUUCAAAUCCACAGGAGGGCUGAAGGGAGUGGCUCGUGGUGGUCUGGUGGGGUUGGCCAUGUCUGGUGCCUACGCUCUCUACAGUAACUGGGACCAUAUCAGAGGCGGCUCAUCUUCUUCAAAUCUCUACUGAACACAUCCCUAUCUAUUGCGUUUCAUCCAAAAUUCCACCCUAUUCCCUACUUGGUGUACUACUUUUGUCCAGAGUCUCAGGGAAUAGGUUACCAAUACUCAAACCCUCCCACAAAUAUCACCAGCCCCUUCCCUUGUUCACUUCCUGACUUGAGAGGGUUCUGGGAUAUUGGAGGCAUGACUGAGAUGUCAUUAAACCAUGGACUAAAUGACCUCCAAGAAACACCCCUUCCCACACACAACUGACCUGUCCUUCUGGGUUACCUCCCUUCUCACCCACACAGAUCUGAAAAGGCCUCACGCUAUUUCCAAGGGGUUUAUGUGUUAUUGUAUUGGGAACUGUUUUAGAAAUGUAUCUUUUGUUAUAUUAUUGAAUGCUACGUCUAGUAGCCUGGAAGAGGGAAAGAGUCAUGUAAAUAAUAUGUCCAUGUUAAGUGUUUAUGCUAAGUAAAUGGAUACUGGGGCCCUGUUGUAAUCAUUUUUACAUGCCUCCUCCCUCCCUGUGAAGUGAUCACUCAUCUGACAUGACUGGAGUGAUGAAAACAAUUCAGUGUAAAUCGGUUAACAGCUAUCCAGUCAUGUCUGGUCAGUGAUACAUCUACCCUUCUCCUCCUUGAAGUUAUCUGAACAUCUCGGCUGGUGUUACUGACUGGUUCUUUUGCGAGGUUGCCCACUUGACUCAUGACUGUGUUAGUCCCCUGAGGUAAAGCCAAAUGGUUAGUACAGGGAGCGAACGCAAGGUUACUCAUCUAAGCAUGGUUCAUUGAACCACCUCUGCAACACUGGUGUAAGACUCAACCAGAGAGCUUCUGGAAGCCAUGAUUGUAGUCCUUUGCUUUCAUGUGACUGUGGGUUGUAGUCCUUCAGAUACAGAACAAGACUUCUCAUGAAGCUGAAGAGCAAAGAGACAUUCAUCCCAGCACACACCCUACCAAGGCCUUACAAUCAAAUCUGUUGUAAUGUAUUUAUUCAUAGUGGGUACUAUUUUCCUGUUAAAAGUUGGAGUCGAUGCUGGCCUUUCUAAAAGUUACUUCCAAACAGUACUGGAAGUGUCUGUAUUAUCUAUUUGUGUCCUUGCCUGUUAAGCCCACUGUAAGAACAAUACAACAAACAUUCAAAA